AUGCCUGUCCCAAAGCAGAACCGAUCGGUCGACACGGACAACAUCCAAGGGAGCAUUUGGCCCCGUCUCCCUAAAUACUAUGAAACCUACCUCUUCUUCAAGAUCACAGAUAACGAAAAGUUCAGACAGCACCUCAGAGGUAUCCUCGAUAAAGGGGUGAUCACCACCGGCACUGAAUGUGAGGAACACUUGAAGUCAGUGGGUGAGUUUGAAGAAGCAUGCGCGUAUUCUCGUCGUCAUGUUCCUGAGAAGGAUCGGAAGCCCUUCACGGCGGUAAACGUCGCAUUCACUCACAUGGGGUUGCUCAAGGUGGAACAUCCUGAGGUCGAAGUGAACUUUGCCCAGGCCCUAGCGGAAGAUCCAGAGGAGUAUUGUAGAGAUCGGAUCAACGAGGGUCUGUUUGAGAAAGGGAUGUUCGAUGAUCUGGUGUACGAAGGUGCCGAUAGCCCUCCCGCUUUGGAUCCCGACUUUAGGGCUCCUCCCGGCAAUGAAUCCAAGACCGGACUUGACCGGUGGAAGUGGCGAGUGGAUGGUGUGUUCAUCGUCGCGGCCCAUAAUGCGAAAGCUCUACGUCGCAAAAUCGUGGAUCUGGAAGAUGCCUUCAAUGUUGGUGAUGCGGACGAGAACAGUAUGAAGAUCGCUUUCAGAAGGGAUGGUAAAACUCGUCCGGGUGCAAACCGUGGCAAAGAGCACUUUGGUUACGAAGAUCACAUCUCCCAGCCAAAGAUUGACGGCUUAGAUGACCCCCCGGCCAGGGGCGAACCUCAGGCAUGCCCCCCAGGUUACAUCUUCCUUGGCCAUGAGGGCGAUCCCGAACGGAGAAGAGGCCCUAAAUGGGCUAAGGAGGGUAGUUUCCUUGUUUUCCGUCAGCUUGACCAAAAGGUUCCUGAAUUUGAAGGCCACCUUAAAGAGCUGGCCGAGAAGAUACCUGGCAACUACGGCGGAAAUCCCGAGAAGCUGGGUGCCCAUAUGAUGGGACGAUGGAAGAGCGGAGCCCCCGUCGCCAAAGCCAUCCACGAGGAUAACCCGGAUCUAGCAUUUGACAACACUUUCGACUUUAGACCCAAGAAGGACAUUAAGGGCUGUCCGUUUGCGGCGCACAUCCGUAAGAUGCGGCCCAGAGCCGAUAAGAAGCGAGACUUUGGCUCAGAAGAAGAUGAUGAGAAUCAUAAGCCCCUUCCAGAGCCGGGCGAGGACGAGGCUUUUGAUGAAGGACAGAAGGAGGACGCCAGUGUCAUCCUCCGUCGGGGUAUCACCUUCGGUCCUGAACUGACCGCGGAGGAAAUUAGCAAGGGGGAGACAAUUGAGCACCGUGGCAUGUACUUUGUGUGCUACCAGAGUCUUAUCCGGGAUGGCUUCAACUUCCUCAUGACCCGCUGGGCGAGUAACUCCUCCUUCCCUGAGUACAAGACUAAGACCUUCCCCGACGGUCCUGGUAUGGACCCCUUCAUCAACCAGAGGCUCCGUACCGAUCAUCCCGAGGGCCACAUCAGUUUGUACGAUGGAAGCAAUCCAAACAAGACCGUUAAGCUUGAUCUUGGUCUUAGCCCUUGGGUCGAUCAGAAAGGUGGCGAAUACUUCUUCACACCUUCUAUCAGGGCUUUGCGGGAACAGUUUUCAGCCGACACGGUGAACACAGAAGGUCUCUCUGUCUCAUAA